GUUAUAGGAAAAAGGCCGCCGUGGCCGCUCUCAGGUUCCUCUCUGCCGGAACGCGGAACGGAACAGACAGAAAUAAAUUAAAGUUACGCGAGACUGUUGUACUUGAGAUUGAAUUGACAUUCCACUAAAAUAUGCCGAUCUUGGACAAAAGAAAAGGAGAUGAUAUUCUGGCGUUGGUGCCUGCUUCGAAAAGGACCAAAAAUGAAGUCGUCUUCAGCAGCAGAGAGAAAGCGGUCGUCCAAAGCGGUCCACCACGAACGUCAUCUCUAAUGUCAAUGACAAUGCUGCUCGAAGGACACCAAGGGGACAUUUUCGCCAUAGAAUUUCAUCCAGAGGGACAGUAUCUUGCAUCUACAGGGUUCGAUCGACAAAUCUUUAUCUGGAAUGUUUAUGGAGAAUGUGAAAAUAUUGGCAUCAUGACUGGGCACAGUGGUGCCGUGAUGGAAUUACAUUUCAGUCCAGAUGGCAAUCACCUGUAUACAGCUAGCACAGACAUGACAUUAGGUUUAUGGGAUAUAGUAGCUGGCACGCGAAUUAAGAAACUGAAAGGCCAUACCUCGUUUGUAAAUUCUGUAUCGGGUGCACGUAGGGGACCCACAUUGCUCUGCUCUGGCAGUGAUGAUAGUACAAUACGUAUCUGGGAUCCCAGGAAGCGGGGUCAAUGCUAUACAUUGAACAACACGUACCAGGUCACUGCAGUGACGUUCAAUGAUACGGCGGAACAAGUGAUUAGCGGUGGUAUUGAUAACGACAUAAAGGUAUGGGAUCUUCGAAAGAACGCUGUGCUGUACAAAUUAAAAGGACACACUGACACCAUCACCGGAUUGAGUCUCAGUCCUGAUGGGUCUUACAUACUUUCUAACGCUAUGGAUAACAUGCUGAAGAUAUGGGACGUAAGACCGUUUGCGCCCUACGAGCGCUGUGUGAAGAUACUGUCAGGACAUCAACACAAUUUCGAAAAGAAUCUUCUGAGAUGCGCAUGGUCACCAGAUGGUAGUAAAGUAUCGGCGGGAUCGUCAGACCGAUUUCAUUAUAUCUGGGAUACUACGAGUCGUAGAAUAUUAUACAAAUUGCCAGGACACAACGGAUCUGUGAAUGACAUCGAUUUUCAUCCAAAGGAACCUAUAGUAUGCUCGGGAUCUAGUGACAAACAAAUCUACUUAGGUGAAAUCGAGACUUAAUAAUACGGAACUUAUGCUUAACAUAUCUACGUAUCUGUAAAAAAAAGGAAGUUCCUUCGAAUAUCGGUAAUCUGUCUCGCUAUUUUAAUUUUUUACAUUGCGGAUGUACAUUUCUUCACAAAGUUAAUCAUUGUUAAUCACAUUUAAUUCAUAUUCUUAAUACACCUCUUCAUAGUAUAUUGUAUUUGUAAAAAAAAAUAUAUAUAGAGAAGUAUCUAUGAAUA